ACCAGCCAGUACGGGCUUGGUGGUCCUGGUUCCUUCUUUGGAUUUGGCAACUUUCAGGAGCGCCUAGUUGGGCGAUUCGCUAUGGUUGGCGUUGUGGCGGCUCUGGUAAUGGAAGUUGUGACGGGAAAAGGGAUUUUCGGACAACUUGGACUUGAUCCACUCCGAGUUCGCUAUCCAGUUCUGUUGGGAUUCACAUUCUUACUGGUGGCAGGCCUUGUUGGCGGCUACGUGGUGAUAAACAAUCCCCCCGACGAGUCCAAAGCUCCGCCGAACGAAGGAGCCGGAGUUCCCCGUGAUCCAUUAAAAACUUUUGAUCCGAAAGACAUGGACAGGCUGCCGACGUAUACUCGUGGAGGUGUUGUUGAACGCCCAGACGGACAGAGGGGACGAGAACCAUAUGUGUCGGACUUGGACGUUAAAGAUUAGAUGAACUAUCCGUUCACCAAUAUUACAAAAAAAUGAGAUCCACAUGACAAAAUGUUACUCUUUUGUGUGGAGUAAAGGUGAGAUUUUCCAGAAGGUAGUAUUCCUUUCUCUCUUUUUUUUCCUCUUCAUUCCCCCAUGGCGGAGCUGACUGAGGAGCAGGUCUCUGAGCUGAAGGAAGCAUUCAGCUUGUUCGACAAAGACGGCGAUGAGCGCAUCACCACUCGCGAGCUCGGGGCCGUGAUGAAAUCCCUUGACCUGCAUCCAACGGAAGUGGAGCUGCAAGAUAUGAUAGACGAGGUUGACAAGGAUAAGAGCGGCACAGUGGAGUUCCCCGAGUUCGUCGCCCUCAUGGCUCGCAAGAUAAGAGGUGGCGAGUGCGAGGAGGAGCUCAAGGAGGCAUUUCGCGUGUUCGAUCGCGAUCAGAAUGGCUACAUUAGCGCCGUGGAGCUCCGCCAAGUGAUGGCGAGCAUGGGACAGAAGCUGGGACAAGAGGAGCUGGAGGAGAUGAUGCGAGAAGCGGACGUAGAUGGUGAUGGGAACGUCAACUAUGUAGAAUUUGUCAAGAUAAUGACGAUCAAGUAAACUACAUAAACCAUGUAUAAUUAGUUAGCCUAAACACUUAUUAAAUAAUUUUAUGAGACAUCCUUAGAAGUUA